GCCCUUGCUGCCCAGGCGAGGAGACCCCGCAGCGAGCUGCCAACGCCCGGCGGAGGAGAGCGAGAGCGCCCUGCGUGAGGUAAGGCGCUGGUGCCGCCGAGGCGAAGGCGGACGGGCCCGGGUGUGUACGGAGAGGGGUCGCGGGUGGAGGGGGGGGACGUUUUCUUUUUGGCGGUGGGGCGGAGGCGGCGCGAGGGGGGAAGACGCCGCCGCUGUCGCCCUGGUUUUUUUUUUAUCCUUUUCCGCUUGAUUGACGGGGGGAGGGGAAACGGUUUCCCGAGCGAGGUGGGGGAGGGGCGACCGGAAGCUCCGUGAGGAGGAGGAAGAAGAAAGGAAGAAAGAGGGGGAGGGGGGCUACUGGCGGAGGAUCGGGGGCGUCCGUUAGGCUCUUUAUCCGCGCGCCCCGUUUAUGAGGAGACAGUUCCUCUUCUCCCUACCAGCACCAUCCUGAGGGCGGACACCGGGCCGCCUUUUCGCCGGCUUCCCUUAUCUACCGGCUGGCCUCCCGCCUCCCUCCCCGCUCGGUCUUUUUCCCCCUUUCUUCCUGUCUCGGUUCCCCCCUCCUCCACCUCCCUCCUUGUAUAUCCCCGCCGCAAUCUCUCCCCCCCCCCCCAAGCUGGGCGUGGACGGGGCCCUCGCCAAUGCAGAGGAAGGGGAAGAGGGAGAACAGGGAGGGGGCCUCCCGGGGACAGGUCUCUCUCUCCCCCCCCCCCCCAAUCCAAGCCUAUAUGGGGCAGGCCUUUUCAGUCUGCUUCAGACCCGCUUGAAAGAAAGAAAGAAAGAAAGGGCUCCCCCAAAUGCAGGUUUGGGUUAAAACGUGCAUUUCUAAUAUAUAAUUUUUUUUUUUGCAAUAUAUAUGUUUGAGUGGCGGGCGGUGCUCCUGUUGGAUCAGGCCCCCGACCCAGCACCUGGAGACAAUUCGUGGCCGGAUCUAAGGGGGGCCGCCACAGGAGCCCCUGCUGCCUCACAAAUAUGUAUGUGUGUGUGUAUAUAGUGAAAAGAAAUCGGUCCCAAAAUGCAUGUUUGGGUGAAAAGUGUGUCCUGGGCCUGAAAAAGGCAGAAGAGACCUGGUCUCUGGCCCACCAGAAUACAGGGCAGGGUGGGAGGAUCUUUCUUGAGGUGGUGGGGAUGUCCCUUUGCCUCCCCGCUGGGAGCAGCACCCUCCCCCAUGAAAGGCGCUCUUAAUGCAGGAAACUGGCAAGAAAGAGGCAGGAGGAGGGGGAGAGAAAAGGGGGAUUCUAUUGAAUAUGACCCUGCCCCCCCAAUCUUGUGAGGGGUUUACGGAGCAGAUGGGAGGACAGGUUCCUUACCCCUGGGAGGGAAUUGGGAGGAGACGGCAGACCCCUGCUUCCAGUGGGCUUCCAGUGGGCUUCCAGUGGAGCAGAGAGGCUGGAGGAGGAAAGGGGAUGUCUGUUGGCAUGCCCCUGCCUCUCACCCUUGCCCUCAGGGGAGGGGGGUUACAGAGAGUGAGAGAAGAGGUCUCUGCUCCAGAAGGGAUUACAGAGGAUAGGAUGGUAGGCUCCUGCCUCUUCAGGUCUGUAAUGUAGGAUACUGGCAAGAGAGAGAUGACAGCGAAGGGGGUCCCUGUGGAAGAAGUCUCUUCUUCUGAGGGGCUUGCAAAGGGUGACAGGUCAGGUCCCUGUAUUGCAGUACAGAAGGAGAUACGUCGAAGGGAGAAAUGGAGUUUUGUAGACAGGUUGUUGUCACUGAGAAUCUAGGAAACUGAAAAGAGGGAGACAACAGGGGGAGGAAAAUGGAGGAUGGAGGGAAAAUAUACUGUAUAGUUAUUUUGUAUUCAGGCUUAGCUAAAAUAGGGGAAGAUAAUAAUGCUGAUCUCUUAAUUAGGAUUGCAGACAGUUUAUGUGUGAAGUGCUGUGAGUUCUAAAUGCUAUGGAUUGCAUGCAGUUUUGAGUAUAGUAGUUGCAUUGAAAUCCAUGGGACAAGUUAGUCAUGAUUUGCCUCAAGUCCUGUCGAUUUCAUUGUGAGCUACAUGCAGCAAACGUAGUCUGAACCCAAAACUGGUGUAAUAUAUUUCCCUUCUCUGUAGUAUGAAAACCAUAAUCACUCCCUACCCACCCCACCCCCACUCUAAAGCUGGUGAAUCAGUAGAGAGGUUUAGCUACUAUUCAGGAAGUAUUUCUCUCCUUUCCCUUGUCCUCUACUGCCAGAAACUCCAUAGGUGGGCUUAGAUAAGGCAUGGGGAACCUUUGGCCCUGCAGAUAUCACUGAUCUACAACUCAUCAGCCCUAGCAAGUAUGGGCAAUGACCAGGGUUGAUGGGCCUUAGAUGAAGCUGCUCCAACCUAAGACUUUACCCAUCUGUGAUAUUUGGAAGAGGAUGCUAAUACUUCUGGCCUAUUUCAUUAGACUGUUGCCAGGGUUGAUGUAAGUUAAUGUAUAUUGAGUACCUUGAACAUCUUUAUUGGUAUUCUUUCCUGCCACCUGCAGUAUGUGAAUUAAAAUACCAGUAAUUCAGUGGCUAGGAGACUGGAAUUUGCUAGGUGACACAUAGACAAGCCACCCUUUCUGUCUUAGCCUCCCAGUCAGAUAUACUUUGCUAUCCAUGUAUAAAUAUGUUUAUGGAAGCUUAAGGAGACAGAUUGCUGAUCUUUAGUGGUACUAUAUCACCGCCUUGCAUUAAGAAGAUCCUCUGACUUUAGACCAGUGUUUCUCAACCUGUGGGUCCCCAGAUGUUGUUGGACUAUAACUCCCAUCAUUCCUAGCCAGCAUGACCAGUGGUCAGGGAUGAUGGGAGUUGUAGUCCAACAACAUCUGGGGACCCACAGGUUGAGAACCGCUGCUUUAGACACAAAGGGAUCCCAUGCAUCUGGGUGAGUAAGUGGGAGAGGACGGACUCCCCCUGCCAAUCUCUUUCAUUUUCAUGUUGGCUGCGAAGAAGGGGAAGCCUCCUUGUUUGUGGCCAGCCUGGAAACUAAGCAAGCAUUUUUAAUUUUAUAGCCUGCUAGAAGGGCCACUAGCUUACAUUUUUAUGUUGGCUGAGGAGAAACACAGCCCACUAGCCCACUUAGUAGGCAAGUUUAAGUAAGGCUAGAAACUUUAGAGACUUAUUUAUGAGACUGUUGUUCCAUGACAAUAAUAAGAGCAGAAUUGAGGUUCUUAAUGCUAUUCUUGAAUCUAUAACUUCACUGUGCCUGGGUGUUCACAUUUUUUAAACCAAUCUUAAAAUUUACCACACAGAACAGAAUAUAUUACAGUACUUUCACAGAAUAAAUUGCAUGUUGCAAACAAUUGGCAUAUGGAGCUGCCUUGUACUGAGUCAGUCCACUGUUCUACGUACAGCUGGUGUUGCAGAAUGGCAGAGAGCUAUCAUUUGAGAAAACCCUGAUUCACAUUUCAGCUCUGCACAAGUGGGCCUUAGGAAGGGUACUCUCUCUCAGCAUCAGUCCUCUUCUUUCGCCUGCCCCCAAAUCUGCAACAUGGGGAUAAUACAGCUGCCUUAGAGCAGCUGUGGUCAACUUCUGACCUAUAUGUUGUUGGACUUCAACACUCUUCAUCCCUGACAACGUGCCAUGUUAGCUGGACUGAUGAGAGUUGUAGUCCAGCAACCUCUGGAAGGCUUCAGUUUGCACACCCUUGCUUUAGAGAAUGGUUGUAAAGAUUAUUUGAAUCACUUUGAAGACACUAUAAAUUCUCAGAUUUUAUUAUCUGUCCAUAUUGUGGUCCCUGGAGUGUAAGAAGGAAUUGGCCAGUGGGGUGAAGCUAAUAUUAUCAUGAUCAAAGAUGGUGUUAAGUGGAAUGAGAUUUUGUUGUUAUUUUUUUUGCUUGCAAGUUUAUUAAAGGGGAAAACAAAAAGACAGUUUACUUUCACAAUACAAUAAACAUCCAUCUUAAUUUACACACACAGUUUGAUACAUGUUUUCUCAAUAGGUACCAAAAUGAAGUUGGUGUUUAUAGAAAGUGCACUCAAAUGUAGCAAGGUUUUGAGAUCUUCAGACUAUUGCCUAGUAGUCACCUACACAUCUGUGUAUGUGGCUGCCAGAAAUAAUUGAGCCUUCUGCACAACUAAUUUGAGGCCUUCUAAAUGCAGAUUUGUUUUGUUGGUUUCAUUGCAAAGUGAGGUGGUAAUUCCUUCCCACUAGCUAAUACUUGAUGGCUAGAACAUUGGCUUAUAAGAACAUAAGAACCUGCCUUAUACCGAGUCAGACCAUUGGUCCAGCUAGCUUUGUACUGCCAGCGCUUAACUGGCAGUGAGUGGUCUGCCAGGGUUUCUUGUAGGGAUCUUUCCCAGCCCUGGAGAUGGCAGGAAUUGAACCUUGGACCUACUACAUGGAAGGCAGAUGUUCUGCCACUGAGCUACAGCCUUUAUUAUCAGUCUUACUGCUGUGUGUUAAAGUACAGUGAGUUAUUGGGUGACCAUGUAUUGAGACCACCAGAAGCAUGCUUUUUGUUAACAAAUAUUGUAAUGGAAGAAUGUUCACAGAAAUCUUGUGAUGGAAACUCCUUAGGUUGUUUGAGCCUGUAUGUGUGACAUGAGAUGUAUGCAAUACUAGGAUAAGUUAUUUAUUCCAAGCGUGGACACUAAAAGGACAGCCAUAAAAGCCAUUUUACUUUGUAAUUAAACUCUCUGCAUAUGGCUGCAAACUUGUCUUUUCUCAUAGUGUGCUUGUGCAUGUGCUAAUAAUUAGAUAUUGAUACAUGUUGACUAGUGUCCAGCAUAGACUGAAUCAUGUAAUAGUACUUUUUGGUGUAGAAAGCUCCCUACAAAGCUUCCUUUAUGAUAAGAAAGAAGCAAAUGGUAACAUGGUACUUUCUGUAGUGGCUCUCUGUUUGUAGUCUUCUUUGGCUAGGAAUUGAUGCACUUAAUCUGACCUUGAAGCUAUGUACUGCCUGUUAGCUAUAAAUCAAAUCCCCUAAUGUAUGUGUCCAGAGAAGUUAACCCAGAUAUUUCUUGUGCAUUUAUGCAGACAGAUGAUAGAUGGUGUUAGAAAUAUGUCAGCCAUGUUCACCCAGAAUAAUUCUCAUUGAUUACUGUAGGGCAUUUGGAGGACUUUACUGUGGGUUAGUAGCCACCUAGGGAGUAUGUGGGCAAAUCUCAGUUUACAGAGAGAGUAGCGCCUCUUUACAAUACAAUUCGUUUUAGAGGACAAUGUUUCUAGAAAGAUGGGACAAAUUAUAUACUGCUUUAACUAUUGUAACACUUUAGUUGAAUUGUGUCUGCAAAAAUCGUUUAUUUGUUUGCUUAGCAAAGCAAUCAGCAAGCUGUUCUUUUUUAAAUUUAGUUUUUAGUGCUUGUUAAUCUAACAGUUUCCUUUCCCUAUUGCUUUUUAUCUCCAUUGCAUUGCAUAAACUUGAGGUUUCUAUCUGAGGAUGGGGUGUGUGUCUGUGUCAUUGACAUGAAUCUUUCGAAAUAGUGCUUGCAAGAGUUCUACUUCAUAUUACUUUUCCCAUGCAAUUGUUUUCAGGUUUCCCAACCUUUCUGGGUCCUGGGAGCAUUUGGAAAUCUAAGAAACUGUGGUGGGCACCACAGGAUACAAUUUUCAGAGAAGAAAACUGGCAGUGCUCAGACUGUGCCUUCAGCAGGCAGAGCAUGUACAUCCCCACAAACCAAUAAAACACAGACAAAAGAAAAAGACUCUUACUAUGCAUACGAAGGACAGGCAAACCCCCCCCCCCCAUUACAACCCCAAAGCUUAAAAAUAAACCCGCAUUUUUUUAAAAAACCCCCCAUAAAAUAGAGAUAGGCAGAGGGCCUUGGCAAGCAUCAGUGAUGUGUCUGAGAACACUGUGGUGCCUAUGGGUGUUAUAUUUAUCAAUCAUUUUUUAAGAAAAGGUUAAAAGUCAUGUCCAUUAUGCAUAUGUGAAUUUUUGAUUCAUAUCUUAUCAAAGCAAUGCAUUCAGUUGUAUUUAGCAUGUUGUUGAGGUCUUUUAUUUCGAUGGAACCUGGAUCCAAGAGCUCGAUGAGACAUUCCUAAAUUAACCUGUUAUAUUGGACUGGUAGUAUCAUACUUGCCUACUUUAAAGAUCUUGACUAUACUUUAUAUUUGUCAUUUUAAAUCAGGGUUUCUCACACUUGUGAGUCAUGAUGCAUGUGAAUACUAACAGGUUCCUGUGUGGGUCACACAAUGAAUAGCUAUUUUCAUUUUGGGGGCUUCCCUCCCCUUUUUCUGCUAGACUGAUUGCUAUCUGUUUAUUAUUUAUUUGUUGCAUUUAUAUCUCACCUCUGAAGGAGCUCAAGGUGGUGUCAGUUGUUCUGCCCCUCUUCACAACAAAUCUGUUGAGGUAGGUUGGCUGAGAGGCAGUGACUGACUCAAUGUCACCUAGUGAGCUUUAUAACUGAGUGGGGAUUUGAACCCUGCUCUCCCAGGUUCUAGUUUUGACACUGUAAACCAGGCAUCCCCAACCUUCGGCCCUCCAGAUGUUUUGGACUACAGUUCCCAUCAUCCCUGACCACUGGUCCUGUUACCUAGGGAUCAUGGGAGUUGUAGGCCAAAACAUCUGGAAGGCCGCAGGUUGGGGAUGCCUGCUCUAAACACUACACCACACUGACUCUCUUGCUAUUAUGUGGUUCCUUUAAGACAUAGGCUUGCUUUCCCCUGCCUCUGUCAUGCUUAAAUUCUACUCAAAUAUAUUUAAAGAUGAAAAAUUAAAAAUGUAAAAUUUGUUCAGUGUUAACUACUGAUGAGGUAGUCUUCAUGAAGAACUUCUUUAAACCAAGCUAUAACAAUGCUCUCUCUUUUCUGUCAGUGUGUGUCAAAAGAAAUUAGCAUAGUGAGUUUAGGAAGAGUGCAGCUGGUUAUUAUUUGUGUGGAAUUCAGGUAGCUUCUUAGAUUUCAGGGCACCAGUAAUUCUUUUCAUCAAUAAUCCAGGGGUCUGUUGACUCUAUUGCUAGGAGCUUCUGUGAAGCAAAGCAUUUGCUCAGUGCUCUUCAUCUCCUUGUUUCUAGUGUGUUUUCUGCUAUUUGGAAUAUGUAAUCUGAACAGGGUGAUGAUGUGUGUGGGAACAUGUUUUUCAUUUCACCUCAAAAUUAGGAAAACAAAUACCAGGGUGAAUACUAAAAAAAAAGGCAGGAUUGUAUUUUUUGUUUUCUUUAAAAGGUAUCAUCCAGUGCUUUCAGGUUUAAAACAACAGUUGAAACUAAUAUACACCUAGUGUUAAUCUCUAGAAACUCACUCCAUACUUUCUAAAAUAUUUUUCUCAUGCUUUUACAUGUAAUGAAAUUAGAGAAAAAUCUACCUUUGGGCAUCAAAGCAUUAUAAGUAUGGUACAGUGUUUGUCAUCUGUAUAUUGUGGGCUUGAUACUGGGAUUUAACAGUAGCCCCACUCAGAAAAGAAUUUAUUACUGGUGUUCAGAUUCCAUCUCUGGUUCACAAAAAUAAUCCACUGAGCCUACCUAUAUGACCUCAUAUUGUUGUUUUAAGCCCUUUAACUAUCUAAAUUUUGCAUGUAUGACCACUUUCAGUUAAUGUUUGUGGUUGUGCUAGUCCUUGUUCUGGAAAGGUAAUCAGAGUCAACAAAUUUUGGCUUAUUUGGCCAGCUAAAAUGUAUUAUCGUGGCCCUGCCCCACCCCUUCCAGGAAGGGGCAGGGUCUUCUAACAUUAUGUUGAGUGUUGUUUGCCACAGCUGAGGAGAGGAAUGGAGCCAUGUCCCCAUUCCAUUAAACUUCAGAAAGCAGCAAGACGUCUUGUGUCUCAGGCUCACCACAGGGUCAGGAACAGCCCUUACCAUUUCCCAGUGCUGCUGAAGUCAGACCUUCAUGUUUUUCCAAGCAUCGAAGAAUACUGGAGAGUCUUGCUUGACCAUGGGCUCUCUCCAGAGCAAAAUAUGUAUUUUCAGGUCAGGGCAGUUGUGGAUAUGGACUGUGUUAGUAAAGCUUCUUAUUUACUCUUAUAGAUUAAAGGUUGUACAUGUGUUUGACCACUUACGGCAGAUUGUUAGUCUAUAGUUUGGUUUACAAAAUGGAAACUUCAUUUAAAUUAGUCAUAGCUGCAUAAUUGUUUGAACCAGGCCACCCUGAAAAUGAUCAGUGGAUUUUCCUUUUAGUUUGCUCUUCUGAUCUGAAGGGUAGUAUAUGUAAGAUUAGAAGAGCUACCUAUCUUUCUUUGGUGGCUGGUAUGGUGAAGUCUAAGAAUGGGUAACAUUCCUGUUGGUUGACUUUUUGUAGGAACACUUUGUGAACUAGGUAAAAUGUGACACUUGUGAGGGAAGGAAAGUCAAGAAAGCUCUACUGAGAUUACAUCUCACAGUAAGGUGUGGCUUGUGUUCAAAGUGGGUGGGCGUGCAUCAGAAGGCCCUGUUAAGUAGUUGUGCUGCCAUAGCUGAGCAUCAGCAUAAGGACUCUACUGAGUGAGGUAUGCUUUGAUGAGAGGGUGUUAACAAGUGUUAGCAAAGCUUUCUAAAUAAUGCUUCUUACCUGCUAAAGGCAAGCUAGAUGUUUGCCCUCCCACCUUAUCCAGUAUUCCUCAGUACUUUUCCAGUCCUACUUCCGUGUUGGUGUGUCUCUGCAAAAGAGAUAGUAAAGCACACAGAGGAAAGGAACAAGGCAAAGUACAGUGACUCAAAGGAGAGCACACCCAACAGUAGGAGGGAGCUGUGACCUCAUCGAUCAGUGUGUAUCUAUGCUGUUAGAAGUAGGAACAAUGUACGUAUCUAGAUGAAGGAAAUACAGUGAUACCUUGGUUUAUGAACUUAAUCCGUUCCGGAAGUCUGUUCUUAAACCAAAGUGUUCUUAAACCAAGGUGUGUUUUCCCAUAGCACCGGGGGACUCAAUUUACAAAUGGAACACACUCAACAGGAAGUGAAACAUGUUCUUAUUCCAAGGCAAAGUUCACAAACCAAAACACCUACUUCCGGGUUUGCAGCGUUCUUAAUCCCAAGUUGUUCAUAAACUAAGCUGUUCUUAAACUUUGUAGCUAGCUUAGCAUUUCAAACAGUGAAAAUCCGGACAGAAAAGUCUUUGAGCUAUUUUUAACGAAAAUUUGCAAAAAACAACACUGCCAACAUGGCUUGCCAUAUGUCUGGAUUUUCCCAGACACUUAUUUUUUUGCGAUUUCUACCCGGACGUCUUCCGACUGCAGUAUUCUGGGAAAUUCUGGACACAUGGCAACCCUAAGGUAGCUGUACUAAAUGGGGCUUUUUAAAGGAAGUGGGCAGCAUACAUAUGUAUGCAUAUGUAACUUGCUGAAAUGUUUCAUCUUCAGAAAAGCGCAUUAACCUCUCACCACAGUAAUAGCAAAAAGAGCUGCAUCUGAUUUGUAUUUCCUUUAAUAACUGGAAACUGAUUUAGAGCACCAAAGGGCAGAAUUAGAUGUCAUGUCAAGCCAUAUUUUGAAGGGUUCGUUUUAAUGUUAUUGAUCUCAAACAGGCCAAAAUGUGUGGUGCGAAACGUAGUAUUUUUCCUAUGUAGUAGAAAUUGUUUCAGAAAUUAAAAUAUCAAUUGUUUAGUGUGUGUCUUUGGUUGGCUAGGAUGUCAUUGUUACUUCUGGGUGUCUACUUGCAAAACAGGAAGGAAAGGGCUUGUGGUUAGAAGGCAGAUUCCAGCUGUGGUACCGGAUAUGUAGGCUGGAGGUCCCCAGCUUGGCAAGAGGAAGACAUUUAAAGCUUGUUAUUAACUUUGAAAUUCAGAUUAGAUAGAAAUUGAAGUGUGUUGAGAUGUAUGUCUAUAUCACAUCAUUUCUUCAUAGACAAAAUCAUACAAAAUGCACAUAGAUCAUACAGAAACACUUGCUGCUUUCUUGUUCCUAACCUUAUUUGAAAGUAGAGGAGCGUUAAUGUGUGAAUACCUUUUAAAUAAUGUGCCAGUAACUUUUUAGCAAUGUUUUCUCCACCAUGUAGGCCCUUUGAACUUCCAUGAAGGUUUACUGGGUUUCCAAGUGAUGAGGAAAUAAAACUAGAGCCCAACUUGAAAUUAUUCUGUAAUCAAUUGUGGUUCCUUAUCAGAUGUUGAGAAGGAAAAUAGAUUCCUCCUGAAAGUCUCUUGCCUCUGAAUUUUUUGUUUCAACUCUUUAGCUGCUUCAACUGUCAUAGACCUGUUUGACUAAAGUUAUUGGGGUGCUGAUACAGAAGCUGUAAUAGUGAUGAAAAAAUAUUUCCCAUUGUACAAAAUUAUAAAAAUAUGCAAUUGUUUUCUUUUGUUCUUUCUAGAUUAAUCUUGGACCUGAUAAAGUAGCAGACUUCAGCUAUGCAGACGAUUAAGUGUGUAGUUGUGGGUGAUGGUGCUGUUGGUAAAACAUGUCUUCUAAUUUCUUACACAACAAAUAAAUUCCCCUCUGAAUACGUACCAACGGUGAGUAAAGAGUAACAUUUCCAUAUUUUUCUUUUCUGUGCAACGUGGGGAAUAGGGAAUCUUAACCUUGUCAGUUAAAUUACAUACUGGUACAUGUAUAUCAUUAGUUGAUUCCUGUAUUUUAUGUGUUUUCGCUUUUAGCGAUAUUGUGUAUACAUGAUGUGGCUGUGGAAUUGUAUUUUUGUAUGUUUUACCAUGUUUCUGAAUCCAUAUUUUGUUUGAGGGAUCAGUAUUUCUCCUAGCAUGUAGAUAUGGUAAUUUGCAGACUCCUUUGUUGAGGCCAUUGGUUCUCAGUUCAUAUAGGUAAUUAUAUAAGUCUCUAGUUUGCUCUGUCAACUAUUUGAUCACUACACAGGUGUAAAAUUUCUGGAUUUUUUAAAAUAAAAUUUGAAAUAUAUGUAGUACUUAAUCAGACUUUAAAGACCAUAAAAAGUAUAUAGCACAUAAAUUGUACUGUUUGGUAACAGGUGCAUUUAUGACUCUUUAAAUGACAGAAGCCUUAGUUUUAUUCAAACUGUAAUUGCAGAUGUAUCCAGCAUUUGAGAUGGAGUAGCAAGCUGAUGGGGGUGGGGGGACAGAAAAUCUGCAACACCAGAGGAGGCAGGGGGAUAAGCAUAUUCAUAAGCUAUAAUCCCUCUUUCAGAGAGGUUCCAAUUUAUUUGCAACAGAAAAAGCAGAACUAGAGACUGACUAACUUAAAAGGUCAUAGUAUUGAUGGUGAUGAUGAUGAUAAUUUAUUAUUUGUACCCCGCCCAUCUGGCUGGGUUUCCCCAGCCACUCUGGGCAGCUUCCAAAAAAAAUUAAAAUACAUAAAAAUGUCACACAUUAAAAACUUCCCUAAACAGGGCUGCCUUCAGAUGUCUUCUAAAUGUCAGGUAGUUGUUUAUCUCUUUGACAUCUGAUGGGAGGGCGUUCCACAGGGCGGGUGCCACUACCGAGAAGGCCCUCUGCUUGGUUCCCUGUAACUUUGCUUCUUGUAGUGAGGGAACCGCCAGAAGGCCCUCAGCGCUGGACCUCAGUGUCUGGGUAGAACGAUGGGGAUGGAGACGCUUCUUCAGGUAUACUGGGCCGAGGCCGUUUAAGGCUUUAAAGGUCAGCACCAACACUUUGGAUUGUGCUCGGAAACGUACUGGGAGCCAAUGUAGGUCUUUCAGGACUGGUGUUAUAUGGUCUCGGCGGCUGCUCCCAGUCUCCAGUCUAGCUGCCACAUUCUGGAUUAGUUGUAGUUUGCAGAUUACCUUCAAAGGUAGCCCCACAAAGAGCGCAUUGCAGUAGUCUAAGUGGGAGAUAACUAGAGCAUGCACCACUGUGGUGAGACAGUCCGUGGGCAAGUAGGGUCUCAGCCUGCGUACCAGAUGGAGCUGGUAGACAGCUGCCCUGGAUACAGAACUGACCUACGCCUCCAUGGACAUCUGUGAGUCCAGAAUGACUCCCAGGCUGCGCACCUGGUCCUUCAGGGGCACAGUUACCCCAUUCAGGGCCGGGGAGUCCUCCACACAUAAUUAAAUAUGGAUGUUGAGUUUUGCUUUUUUAGUUUCAGAAAAAAAAUGAUCAGCUUGAAUGUUGAGUUAAAUUACUAAGUAGUACAGUGUUAUAAAUUUCUAAUCACAGCACAAAGUAAGUGUAGUAGUAAUUGUGGUCAAAAUUAACCACAUGAAAGCCACAUGCCACUUUAAAAAAUGUUUACCUAUAAAUCAGGCAUGGCCAAACUUGGCCCUCCAGAUGAUUUGGGACUACAGUUCCCAUCAUCCCUGACCACUGGUCCUGUUAACUAGGGAUGAUGGGAGUUGUAGUCCCAAAUCACCUGGAAGGCCAAGUUUGGCCAUGCCUGCUGUAAAUACUAGCGUCACAAGCUUUUAUUUAUUCAGUAACAAUGUCUGGAAGACACUGAAAUUCAAUUCUGAAUUCUUAUUUUACUUCAAUAAAUUUCAGAAACUGAAGGUUUCAACAGAUUGAAACAAGCCUUUCUACUCUUUCUUAAUUUUGGUAUUCGUAAAUAUAGACAAUGUUUUCACUUGAUGGAGAAUCAGGGAAUUUGAGAGCUCUCCAUGUCUACAGUAUGCUAAAAGUAGAAUUACUUAUCUCUUACCUUAAAGAAUAAUUACAUGAUUAUUGGAAAGCAUUUUGAUAGUGUAAAGAUAAAAUAGUAUUUUAAAACCUUGCCUUAAACCUUAAGGCUUAAAAGUAUUUCCUUCAUUCUGAAAAAGACAUUAGUUCAGAAGAGGGUUUUUUUCCUCGUGUUUUCCCCUAUGUCUCUAAUUUUUCCAUUGGAAAACUUAAAGACUUUGGCAGAUUAUUUUUUCCCCAGUUGUCUUCCAUACCUUCACAUCUCUAACCCCAACACCUUAGCAGUUAAUGGAUCUUCUGUGCUCUACAGUAAAUCCUUGUAUUGACUUAUUUUGUUCUCACUUACCAUAUCAAAUCUUAAGGAUGUGAGCAGCUAUGCUUUGAGCUGUCUUCUUUUGGCAUUCCUUUGAUCUUCCCUUCAGGCUAUCACAUCUUGGUCCUCAUAAUAGCAUGAUAAAGCAAACCAGGGCUAUCUGGUGUAAAAAAAGUUCCUCUAGUUUUGAUAAGAGCAUAGACCCCUUAUAAGUUACUGUGGACUGCUGCCUAACUAAAGGCUUAUCUUUAGAUCAAUAUAGUAUCCCUUUAGGGCAUUCCCCCCUCUGCCACUGAAUUGGUUUCCAUUUAGCAAGCAUGUAUCUUUAUAGCUAAAUAAAACAUAAAAGUGAGUUGCUACAAAGUCAUAAUCUGAAGAUCCUCACUUAUCUCAUUUGAUAAAGGAAAUUCUGUUGCAAGUUGGGGUCUGCAGAAUAGACUGCCCAGACACCCUAUUUCAUACCAAAUAUCUUUGAAAUUGCAAUUCUUUAUUUCAAUUAGCAUCUGAGAGAGGCUGCUGCUGUACUGCUUCAGCAGUGAGACCAAGACACAUUGGCAUGAUACAAAGCAUUAUUGUAUGGUUUGCUAAGCAUGGGAAGCUUGCAGUUAAGAUGUUCUGUUGGAAAGGAUUGUGUUCUGUGGAUGUUUGCUCGCACAUGCAUGUAGUGUAGUAGGUAAAAUGUUCAGCUUUGACUAUUCUGCUACACCAUAAUCAGAGCCCUGAACCCAUUUUUCACUAGUUGACCAAUGUGCUACCUGCAUUAAGAUGUAAAUGUUAACAUAAACUGUUGUCUAUAACUUGAACCUUUUUAAGAUUUCAGUCUUAAUAAAACUAGCAAAUUGCUUGUUCGGCUUUAAAAAAGAGAGAGCGAAAGAAAACAAUUGUGCUAUUUAAUUUAACUACUUGUUACAAUCAGUUUUUUCACUUGAUUUUCAGUAGACAAGAGUGGGCUAUAGUUUUACUGUGUUGCUUACUUUAUGCUUUGUACUUCAUAACAGUGGCAACUGUAAAUUUAGAAGAAUAUAAUAAGGUUUUUGUAAGGUUUUUUUUAUUGGCAGGUGUGCCAACUUCAGUGUCGUUGUGUCUAGUGGUGAUAAUUGAACUCAGUCAUCUGAUAGGUCAUGAACACAAAGUCACACUUCUCUUUUGACUGUUGGUUUACCUGCCUGCAUAUGGCUUAUGUUUGGAAGGUGAUGUUUUCACUCUGCCUCUUCUCUCUUAUUCCCCAGGUGUUUGAUAACUAUGCUGUUACAGUGAUGAUCGGUGGAGAGCCAUAUACCUUAGGCCUCUUUGAUACAGCAGGUAAGCUCUCUUUUGAAAUUAAACCCAUGGGGAAAGCAGGUGACUUGAUUUCCUAGCUGCUUACCUAAUUUUUCAAGACUGGCUCUUGAUUUUUGAAAAAACUUUCAACCAUCAAGUAUACACAGAAUUGCAGGAUAUGACUGUAUUAUGUGGUCAAAGCAGUGUUUUCCAGUUGGCCCCCAGGUGGUGAAGCUCAAUCUCUUGUUAUCCUGCAUCUGUAACUUCUUAGGCAGCCUUUGAGCGCAGACCGUUUUGUGAGGGUGUGAAAGGGAUUUAAAAUAUAGUGGAGAGACUCUUGCUCUUCUUGUAAAAGUAGCUGUUUCAGCUAGAAUUGAGAACUAACCUGGCAGGCACUUCUCUUGGGGGACUAGAGAAGGAACAGAAUGAAGAUGAACAGGACAGUAAAGGGAAAGAAGUAAAGAGGAAGAAGCCAUUGUAACAGGAAGAGUAGAAGGGAGGAUGUAGUAUACUUUGUGAGAAUCAGGAAAGGUUUAUUGUAUUAGUUCAUCUGAGGUGUAUGAAAUAGCAUAGUUCACACUUUGUGGCUAUGUUAUGCAGUAUGGUGUCUUAAGGAUUGUGUGUGCACACUUCUGUUUCCAAUCCAGGAAUGCUACUUUGGCAGCACUCUAUCCUUUCUUGCCUUUAGGCAGGGUGGACAUUGCCAUUCAUACAGCUUUCAUGAUGUUUCACAGUAUUUCUUGGUUGUGAAAUUAAGCACAGAGGGUGACUAAGGCUUCCAGUUCUUGCCUGGCUGGGAUGGGCACUUAUGCCUAGAUGGUGUAGUGCAUGUGAGUAAGCGCUGUGGCAGAUCAGCAGGGAGGAAGGAUGGUUCCAGUGGAGUUGCUGCUUGCCAAAUUCUGGUCAGUGGAGAGCAGUGUCUACUUCUCACAGGGUGAUUUGGCAAUUUGCAAUGUGCAUGGCAGUAAUAGGCUGCUUUUUCUCUGGAUGAAGUGGAGAAUUGCUGCUGCUUAUCUGCCUGACAUCAGAGUAAGUCAGACUCAUGGCACCUGUAGUAUUGGUAUCAAAAAAUUCUUCCUACAUGGAACUGAAAAUCUCAGGCUGAAUUUCUUAGGGUAUUUAUACCACCAUUCUAUAAAACAAUCAAGGUGGCUGCUUGAUCUGGUUUCUGGUUGAUAAAUUGAUAUACUAGAUGAAAAUUAUGCAGGCAUAGAUAGGUGCAAGGAAGAUAAGUUGUUUGGGGUGUAAGAAGUUAUUAAUCUAUGGUAGUAUUCUCCCCGCCCCCCCCCCCCCCGUAUGCCUGCAUAGUUAUCUGAAAAAAUGACACAUUUAUAAGGCCUUCCCCCUCAAUAUAGGCUUCUGAUGUCAUUUUUUAAUUUAAAUAGGACAGGAAGAUUAUGACAGAUUACGGCCCCUCAGCUAUCCACAGACAGAUGUGUUUCUGGUCUGUUUCUCAGUGGUCUCGCCAUCUUCAUUUGAAAAUGUGAAAGAAAAGGUGAGUAUGCUUUGACCCCCAAACUAGUUUUUGUCAGGCUUUGUAAAAAGUGUCCUGUGUUGUUGGAUAUCCUGAUAUUUGCAUUAUGACCAUCACAUUUUAUCUUCUCUUCAGUGGGUACCUGAAAUCACUCACCAUUGUCCAAAGACUCCCUUUUUGCUUGUUGGGACCCAAAUUGAUCUCAGAGAUGACCCUUCAACAAUUGAGAAACUUGCCAAGAAUAAGCAGAAGCCUAUCACUCCUGAGACUGCUGAAAAGCUGGCACGGGACUUGAAGGCUGUCAAAUAUGUGGAAUGCUCUGCACUCACACAGGUAAGGCUUCUCAUUUGUGGUGUUCUGGACUAUUUCUUUCAUAGUAGAGUGGAAUAGCUAAACAUGCUCUUUGGCAAAGUGAGUUCUUUAUGGUUCAUUCUAGCUGCAUGAGAAGAAUUUAAAUGUUUUUCACCUGAAGAUACUAGAACUAGCUUCAAAAAUUUAUCAAGUAUUUUGCACUUACUUUCUUGAGCAUUUUUUACUGCAAACAAAUUAUUUUCCUUACACGUGUUUAUCAUUGAGCAUAUAAUAGAACAAACACAAAUUUUGUCAGGAUGGUUAAUUGUUAUGAAAAACGGCUAAAUUAUAGUCAAAUAAAGUUGUGUAUCUUAUCACCGUGGGUUCUGAUAUUCUGUAAGGGUUCUAGGUGAUAGUGUGAGUGAUUCUAAUGCAAGAACACUAAUUAAAACAAGUGGACCGGUAUGAUUGACAAUUCAAAACCAGUCCUAUCUAACACAUACAGAACUGAAUGAGUUUUUCACCUACCUUUGAUGCAUAGGGAACACCUAUUAAUAAAAAUAAACUGAUAUGUGAGAUAGCAUACUUUACAGCUAAAUUUAAUGCAUGUAUGUUGGUGAAACAUUAGUGGUGUUACGGAACUGCAAUAGUAAUUAUACCUAAUCAGUUGAUUUUAUGCAUGAGAAUCAUGAUGAACUUGCAAAAUAGUAAAUGGCUUAAGGUUUUGAGUUACUUUUUCCUGCAUAUUACUGGCACUGCAGCAAAACUACAACACCUUUUCAGAAAUUAGGCUUUUUCAGGGAAUUGUGACUUUCCACAAAUCCCUUUCCCAAAUUCCAACCAACACAUAGUUGGACAUGGAACUGUAAUAUCAUCAAGCGUAGGGCUGGAAAUAUUUCUGCUUAUAAUUCUGUGAAUAGCAUUAGGGCUUUACCUAAGUUCUCAUUAUCACUUGGUGGUAUAUGCAAGUGGUGAAACACACUGUAGUUUUGAGCUGUGACCACCAGGUGCUCUCACCCAUUGCUACAGCAGGCCCUUCUUUCUGAGAUUUCAUGGAUUCUAACUAGAAAUUCCAGCCAAAAUCUCCCACAUAAUUCUUCCUAGUUAAGGCAACCUUUGCCAACCUGGUGUCACCAGUUGUUUUGGACUACAACUCCCAUUCGGUUGGUGGGAGUUGUAGUCCAGACAUCCAGAAGGCUGCAUAUUGGUGAUAGCUAAAGUAGGGAAUCUCAUUACUGUAUGCUGUAGCCUGUAGUUGUCUCAAAUGAUACUAUUGCUUUUGGCCUUUUAAAUGUUCCUAAACCCAUUUUAGGCAAGAAUUUAUAGAAAACAGUGAAUUAAAAAAACAACCUGUUUUUGUGAAAUGGCUUUUCAAAGGCUAGCCUGUCACAAAUCUAAAACAAAGUUAACAAGCAUGUUAAGCUUGAGAUUGUGCUUAGAACAGUUGCUUUCACACUCAUAAUCCAGGAUCAGCUAAAUUGCUUUUCUGUAUAAAGAACAAAGCAAGGGAGAAACUGCUGCUUUAUGGUGCAAUAGAUUAUACCAGUACACUACUUUAUUAUUAUUACUCUGAUACUUGUGUAAUGGAGCUGGCAAAUGAUUACAGCAGGCACUGGGAUGCAGUCCUUGGUUGCAGGAAAUCCCUUCUGUGGCUCUCCAGAGGAUAUUCAGCUGAGCUUACUCCAUGCUUGGGUGAUCAUGUAGGCCUAUUCCAUGACGUCAAAUCGCUUAAUCACUUACAUCAUUUUUUUCCACGAACCCUCUGUUCAGUGCAAGAUUUUUUAUCUAAAGCAGACAGAUAAAUGAAAAAUGAUCUGUUUGGGGGUGGGGUGUUUGUGCUGGUAAGAUGUAUAUUUGCAGGACCUAUUUCUUUCACUCUCUGGGCUAUUGGUUGCAUAUAGCGCAGUAGAUUUAGGCGAGUCCAGUGUCUUCAGUUUCAGUUGCAAAUACUUAGCUGUCAGUUUGUGACAGUGGCAAAUCUGUUACAGAGUUGCUGUUCCUUUUCUUAGAAAUCCUGUUGCUGCAGAUCAUUGGUUUGUGCAUUGAUGUGUCUGUUGUAGACAGAAACGUUUGUUCACUUGGUGUUCAGAACACACAGUUGUCUAGAGCUCCCAUUUCUGAUUUAUUUUACCUGUUUUAGUGACCUCAGGGGCCAUAAUUGCUGUUGUUGACACAGUAACUGGAGCAUACCAUUUUAUAAGCUGGUGUGUGUUCAUGCCAAAACCAGUGUUCGUGAGCUGCAAUAAUCCUUGCUUCCCUGGACUUUAUGGCAACCCCAGAGAGGUGGUGUGGAGUUGUCUUAACUCUUAACAUGGUCAAGACAGUACUGAUUUUUCCCAUUCAUUGAGAAUUGCUGAAAGAUUUGUUGAUAGUCAGUCCUCCCGACUGCUUGUGAACAUCACUUGAGCCUACAUUUACAUGCAUUAGGUUCUUCUACAGUUGGCAGAGCAUGUUGUUAAACCAUGAAAGUGGGUGGUGAGUAUUUUGCUACUCAUGAGUAGCAAUAUGAAAUUGGAGAGCAGCAAAUGAAUUCCUGGAACAUGCCACCCUAUGAGGGUUCUAACCUCACCCAUCCUUUGCUGUAAUAUCAGUAAGUUUUAAAAUAACUGGAGGUUACAUUUGGCCAAAAGUAUUGCCUGUGGUGCUCUCCCUUCGUAAUGCUCUGUGUAGGUAGGUGUUGCUGCUGAAAUGAACUUGACAGCAGCAGAUGGCCACGCAGAGCAAGUGCCAUCAGGAUGUGAAAUGGGAGGGACUGCAGCUGAGCAGGGCGUACCCUUAGAUAAGCAACUACCUUGUGAUUUUCUUGGCAGUGGUGGUGGCAGUGCCAGGAAUGAGCCUUCCUGAGUAGAUUUUGUUUCAUUUUGAGAGGGACAUGCAACUUUGAGGUGUUCACUAACACAACUACUUUUCAGCUCUUCCUUUUAACUUACAAAGCUCCUUUUGGAAAGAGAUACGUUACAAUAUUUCACUCAUAGGGUAAGAAAACAUCUACAGUAUCCAGGUAGCAUUCUUGCUAAGCCUCUGCUGUGCUUGUCUUGUUUCCUCUUUCCCUCAAAGAUCUACUUUGUUACAAAGUAAAUCUGCUUUGCUGACCACCUUUAUCCUGAAUGCUCUUUGUAGCUGCUUGUGUGAGUGUGUGUGUGUUUGUGUCUCUCUCUAAUCCUCUAACCUGGCUACUAUUUUUUUCUCCUUCCCUCUGUCUUAUAGAGAGGUCUGAAGAAUGUGUUUGAUGAGGCUAUCCUAGCUGCCCUCGAGCCUCCGGAAACUCAACCCAAACGGAAAUGCUGUAUAUUCUAAAACAGUUUCCUCUUUUUUUCCUUUCUUGUUGCUGCUUCCUCUGUCCUGCUGCUGUAGAAAGUUGGUUGAAAAACAAAUAAAACCAUCCUGAUUGAAAGAAGCUGUGUCUUUACUUAACGUCUUAGAGCAAACUCUGUAUUAGCUUUUGGAUUGGAAACUGCUUAUACAAUUCGUUAUGGCUAUGGAACAUGAACUGGACUCGCUUAAACCUUUUGCUUCUUGGGUUGCUGGAUCUUUAAUAGCUUUAUAAGUUAGGUUGCUAAGGGACUGAAGGUCUAUUUCAAAAGUUAAACUUGAGAGGAAUAAGUGAAAACCUGGUUAAGAGUUUUUAUAUCCAAAUGAGAAGUGAUGUGCAAUUCAUUUUCUCUCUUGUGGCUCUGUUAACUGUAUUUGCAUGAUGAUUGUACCUGACAUAGUGACCUGCAAGUGAUGCUGAAAUGGUGAAGGAUUUUCUGGUUUUCCUCUGUGCAGUGGGGCUUGCUGUUGCUUUGGCUGUUUGUGCUGUAGUGGAGUAUUUGUUGGUCCUCUAAGUGGGAGGGGAAGGAAGUUUGGUGUACCUGCUACUGCUUGACAGACGUCUUAACUUCUGUUUUCAGUGACACAGUAUCACUUAUUUUUACUCAUUCUCAAAACUUGCAACUGUAAAAUGUAAAGCUUCUUUAAAACAAAGUCAUACCAUUUGGCUUCUGUUGUCUGAAGGAAGGAAAAGACAUACAAUUGUAGUUCUUUACAUUUCAAAAUUAAAAUUAGUUGUUUGUAUAAAUGCCUGAUGAAGCAUUAUUCCUGUCUGCAUUCAUUUGCUUCAGUUUAACAUUUAUACACUAUAGUACCAACCUGUUCAUUUUUCCAUUAUCGAAGUCUACUACCAUUCCUUGCUUCCAAGUCUACUUCUGCUGCUUCAGUAACACAUGGUACGUCACACGGCUUGGCUGAUUUGUGCCAAAGGAUUCGCCAUUCUUGCUUGCUUGCUAAUCUAACCUGGGUGUCACUUGCCCCCUUUCCUUGGAUCAUUACUUCUUUUUCAACACAGGGGAUAAUUCAUUGUCAUUAGCAUGUGAGUUGUAAUAUUACUUUUACACACACACACACACACACACACAUACACACAUGGUCCAUGGGAAUUGCUUUAGUACAUAUACUUCAUUUCUUGAACUAUUGAGACUUGCUGAAAAUGUCCUCAGGCUGUUUUAUGGGCUUAAAUGUUGGGUGCUCUGUAUUAUUAUUAUCAUUUAAAAAAAACCUGAUAAACAAGGUUCAAACACUCGGAAAGGAAUAUUGCUUCACUGCAGGAUCUUCAUCUCUACUCAAUCCUUAACUUUGUCUUUGUGGGCUUUUUAAAACACGGUUUGCUUUUAAUAACCCAGAAAAUGAGACAGCCCCUUUCUCUUUGCCCCUUUUCAGAAAGGCCUAAAGAAUGUAUUUGACGAGGCGAUAUUGGCUGCCCUGGAGCCUCCGGAGCCGAAGAAGAGCCGCAGAUGUGUGCUGCUAUGAACAUCCCUUCACGGCCCCCUUCUGCAAAGCUGGUGUUGAUGUCAUACUAAAAGCAAUGUUGAAAUCAAACUAAAGAUUCAGAUUUUCCCAUUUGUUUUUGCAAUAAUGACAAAUGUCGUGCACCCUCUUCCCAUUCGCUCCCUGUGUGAGAUGCAAAUGUUAGUGCUCUUCCUCCAGUGCCCUUCAGUUAGUUGAAUUUUUUUAAAAAAAUAAUAAUAAUAUUGUAUUUCAGCAAACACUGAUCAGUACUAGGGUUUUUUGUUUGUUUACUGUUUAAUUUCUUUGUUUUUAAAAUUCAGGCAUGCUUGUGGUGAUUUUUCUCUGUAACAGACUAACUUUUAGGCUCUGGCCUCCAAGCCUUUCCCCAUCAUGCUAGGCUGGUGCUGCUUGGAUUCUUUGAUCUUCUGUGGCCAGCUUGCAGUCUAGGGGGAGCAGGUUUCAGUCCUUGGAACAUAUUCUGGAAAUGAGAAUGUCCCCAAACUGGUGCUCCAUUGAAGAGGGGUGUAGUUCAUCCUGCACCUCCUCUGAAGUUGCCUUCAAUCUGUUUCCCUUUCUUUUCUCCAAGCAGGUCAGAAAUUCCCAUCUUGCCCUUUAAAACAUGAAAUGUGUAAACAAGUCUUUUGUUUAUAUAUUACGCCAAAAGCUCUUUUUUUGGGUGUGUAACGCACACACACAUCUACACAAACCCCACCUAACUUUGCCAAUUACUAAUUCUUUUGUAGUUAGUUUUCAAAACUUGACAUUAUUAGGCAUUAAUUGAAAGGGGAGAACUGCAUCUUUUUAAAGUUAGUGCAGUCCAUUGGAUUUGCUAAACAACCAGCCUCUCUCUUGGCAAGCAGAGGCUUCUGAUCAGCCACAUGAGUGAGAUUUUGAAACCCACUCACAUGGCCUUUGCUUGCUGUAAUGGAGGGUUGAAGCUAACCAGCUGACUAUGCCGCAAAACGGUUUAGCGUUCUCUUUGACGAGGGGGAAGGAGACACGCCUCCAUCAGGAGAAAAUAUGGAUGGGAAAGAUGUUCAAUACGGCACCUUGGGGACCAGUAGAGGAAUUACCUUAAAAGUGCAUUGUGUGUCAGCAGCUCUUGCCUCCCCAGGUUGUUGCUUAGUAUAACACACCAUGUGAGGGUCUUUGACUCCAGUGUUAAUAGGGAUCUUACUAGAACUAUACUCUGGCUUAAUAUUUCUCAGUCUUCCCAAAUUCUAAUUCUUAUAGUCUCGUUAGUGUUGAACUGAUGCUUUUUUCCAUGUCUAAGUUCUUUGUAUAUGCAUUUUUCAGAUGUAUUAAACAUAAAGUAUCUUCACAAGCCCGACUGAGAAUACUUUUAUUUUCCCUGAGUGAUUUAUGUCUAAAGAGUUGAAUCCAGCUAAAUAUUACUCACUAUAGACCCAUUAGAAUUAAUGAACCUUAGCUCAUCAUGUCUAUUAACUUCAAUGGGUCUACUCUGAGUAGGACUGAGAUUGGAGACAACAUAUAGCCUGUGUGUCUUUUUAAAUAAAUAAGCACACUUUCCCUCCCUGAACCUCUUCUUGAGCUAUGAGUUCAGGACCCCCCCUUUAUAUAUAUAAUUUUUUUCAGGACUCACUUUUCAACAACUAGUUUAAAACUUCCCUCCAUGCUCUGCUGACUGGAGGCUUCUUGGCCAGUUUUGAGAUUUAUAUUGCCUUGUAGGGAGGAUUUUGGAGAUUUUGUUUUUACUUUGUGCAUUCCAGAACCCUGUAGCUUAGAAGAAAAUGUCCAUUGAUUACUUUGUGCUUGUGGUUUGGAUUUAAUAUCCAAAUGUGGUGCCUUUCCUCAAAAGAGAAGUUUGUUCUCUUGUUGUAAAAUAACGGCAAACAAAUAAACUUUUUGGGAUGUCCAUGAAUAACCUCUUGCACUGUGAGCCUCUAGCUAUUAAAGCACACCUCAAAGCCUAGUUGAAGUAAAACAUCUUCAAGAAAUUCCUAGAGUAGUAGCACCCUGAGAAUGGGUCACAAAUGAAAUAUGAGUGUUGGCUUCUAGCGUCUACUAUGAAUUUUGUGAGUAGAUUUUUUUUAGUGAUCAGUUAUUAUGAUGUACUUGGCUUACAGCAGUGUUCUUUAUAUUUUGGACAAGUCUUGGCAUCUGUUCAUUCAACCUGUGAGUUGAUCAUCCUCUGAUACAGCAAUUUCAAUUCUGGAUUUUUCAUCUAAGUGUGCUCUGGUAUGGACCCUUGCUAGACCUGAUGCUUUAGUCCAGGGGUGUAUAACAUUUGGCCUUCCAGAUGUUACUGGACUGGACUACAUCUCCCACCCUUCCUGUCCAUUAGUCCUGUUGGUAAGGGCUGAUGGGAGUUGGCAUCCUCCAUCGUUUGAAGGGCCCAUAGGCUAGUCAUCUGUGUCCUGUUUGGCCUUACUAUAGUAGUUCAGUUUAAAGUAUGUAACGUUUAGCACUGCAAGAUCCAUACUUCAUUUAGAGGCUGUUUUGCAAACAGGAAUUGUUAUUCAAUAAGCAGAAUGGAAAAGAGAGGCCGCUAAAUGUUGCUUUUUUUGAUCGGAGGAUUUCCUGCCCUCGCUCCUGAUUUUUGAGCCUUCAUUGGGCAUUGUCCGCAUGGUUUUUAAAAGUGAUUUGAGACUUCAUGGUUAAAAGGGAGCUGGAAAGGGCAACCUGCCAUAUUCCCUAUCAUACAGUUCUGGAUGACAAAGUGAUUACUCUUUUUUUGUGGGGGGCAAGCCUCUCCAACAACAAGUAUAGCUAGUGUGUACAUAAUUGAACCAUAUACUCUGCAGGUCUGAAUGAAUUCCCAAAUGGAAGGGUGUACCUACCUGGACUUUCUUGAGUUUCUUGCCUUCAGUCCAGGCUGAAGAAAAACAAGAGUUUUUCCUCAACCACCAAUCAGCAAGGUGAAAAAAGAGCUAGUGUUCUCUUUUGUGUGUAUAUAUGCAAUAUCAGAAUAUUGCUAGGCAUUCUUUCUUCUGUCAUGACACUCUGUAUUAGUACAGUUGUGUUUUGUCUUUCAGCUUGGGCUAGAGAGGCUUUUGGGGGGGGGGGUGUCCAGAAACUUCUAACUGCAUUUAAUUGCUGUCUGUCAGUGCACUUAAGGUAGCCUGCAGUUUAAAAUACUGAAAUAGGACAGAACAAAUAAAACAGAAUUUUCUCAGGCCACUAGUCGUCUCUUCAGCAGCUGAUAAUUAAUUCCUUGGCCUGUUUCUUCAUCUGCAGCUCCCAGGAAUUAUUUGUGGGGCCCGUACUGAAUGAAAGAUUAACAGAAGGCAGCUGUGGUUUUUAUAUGCAUACUCCGCUCUCCCCCCUCCUCCCUCUUGUAAUAUGUAUUAGAAUACUUAUUCCUGUGAUCCUGUAUUCUGAUCUUUGGAAUCCUUUGGUCCCAACUUGAGGAAUAGGACCUGUGUGUUAGGUGAGACAAAGCCAGGUUUUCCUGAGCUGGUGUUUUCUACAGUGGUACCUCCGGUUACGAACUUAAUUCGUUCUGGAGGUCCGUUCUUAACCGGAAACCGUUCUUAACAUGAGGUGUGCUUUCGCUGAUGGGGCCUGCUGCUGGCACACGACUUCUGCUCGCAUCCCAGGGCAAAGUUCACAGCAAGGAGCAUCUACUUCCGGGUUAGCGGAGCUUGUUACCCAAAGCGUUCGUAAGGAGGACGGUAUGUAACCCAAGGUUCCACUGUAGUUGUUGCUAGACUGCAACUCCUAUCAUCCAUAACUAUUGACCAUGCUGGCUUCCAAUAGCAUUUUGUAUUAAGUAAGUAGUACAAGAAGGUUUCCUUUAGAAAAUGGAACUCAAUCU